AUGGCCCCUGAUCUGACUGCAUUCUUCCAGCAAAAUGCAAAGCACCUGCCGGUAUCACCUUGGAAGCUUGCCUGUUGGUUGGGCCUCCCAUAUAUUGCAUACCGAUUCAAUAGGUACUUGAGUUACAGGGCUUUGAAUAACGGUGUAGUGGAUAAUUUCGACUGGGAGAAAGAAAUCAUCCUUAUAACUGGAGGUUCUAAUGGUAUUGGUGCAGCAUGUGUGCAGAAAUUGGCUUCAAAGGGGACUCAGGUAGUUGUCCUGGAUAUACUACCGUUGAGCUAUGAUUCUCCUAAAAACCUGCACUAUUACCGCUGCGAUUUGACCAACUUCGAUGAGGUUCAGGCAGUUGCAGCCACCGUCACUAGAGAAGUUGGUGCACCAACAUGUGUUGUAGCAAAUGCAGGAAUUUGUCGUGGCAAGUCACUACUACAAGCCACCAAACGCGAUGUUGAAUUGACAUUUGGCGUCAACAGUUUAGGUCUUCUAUGGACUAUCAAAACAUUCUUACCGUCUCUUACUGCGAAGAACCAUGGUCACUUUGUGAUACUUGCCUCUCAAACAGGGCAUCUUGCGACAGCUGGAGUAGUAGACUACGCUGCCACUAAAGCCGCUGCUCUAGCCAUUUACGAAGGUCUUCAAACUGAACUACGCCAUAUCUAUAAAGCCCCAGCAGUGCGCGUAUCAUGUGUUUCACCGUCUGCUGUAACCACGAAGAUGUUCAGAGGAAUUAAAUUGCCAUCUUCGGUGCAACCCUUGCAACCUUCAGAUGUAGGCUCUGCAAUUGCGGAGAUUCUCUGGAGUGGUCGAGCACAAAAUAUUAUGCUCCCAGCUUCGGCGUAUAUAUCACCCAUUACUCGAGCUCUUCCGGAUUGGCUUCGAAUUGGAUUGCAGGAAUUUGGCAAGGAUGUCAUGACUGAUUUGGAUCCGCAUAAACCCUUGGACUGA